GAACGUUAACAUCGCAAACUGACAGAGACCUUUGAACAGUGUUAAUGCGCUAUCACAAAUCAAAUAUGGGUUAAACAUCGCUGGGACAUACACGGUGACACAACCUUGUUAUAUUGUGCUUAUCAUUUAUACAAAUACGUUUAAAAUACGCAAAUUUUCAUCAGUUUGUAAAAGAAAAUGGACGAAGGUUUACCAAUUUUACCAGGACAGAACAGUAACCUUUGUUUUAGAGAGCGUUAAGAGAGAUUGAUUCAUUGGCUGAAGAACUCUUCAAACAAAAUCAUGAAGUGGGCAAUAUACAUUCUCUCAGCGACAAUAUCAUGUUUUAUUGUCUUGCUACUGGCCGUUCUUUUUAUCCUUUCCAAAUAUUAUAAAAGGCUAAAGGAAACCAGAUACACACCAGUAGAUAAACAAAGUAUAAACUUUGAAACUUGCGUUGAUGGAAAGAAGAAACCGUAUGCCGAGCGAUUGGUUCAGUAUCUGCUGGGUUACAGUGACACCGACGGAACAAACACUGAUACAGAUGGUUUAGAUAAUAAGGGUGGUGGUCUUGAUGUCCAGGGAGGUCUGCCGACCAAAAUAGUACCAGUACAACCAUCUAGUGAGAGUGAUGGUGAUUAUCAUAUGGGUAUCCCCCAGAAGGACAUGCGACCUCGUACACACACUUAUCAAAAUCCUAAUAAAAUAUCACAAAUUGACAUGCGCAGUAGAUCUUACACAAUUGACAGUCCCUCGCCUGAGGGGAGAGGUGGAAUAUGGCGGGCGAGGGAGUCGCUCUUUUACAAACAUGGAAAAAAUCGUCGAGGAAGCAAAGAUGACAGCGAUAAUGAGGGCCGAAGAUGCUCACCUGUCUUCCCUGAGUUCUCAGAACGACCACAAUUUCCGAGACGCAGCCCCAUCGUAGACCACCGCUCUAAAAUGUUAUCUGUCGAAGCAGUCAAGGUCACUGGAAAGCCUCCUUUGAGUCCCAAAACAGUGAAAUCUCUUCCUUCAACUCCCUUGAGACAAACGCAGCAAUUCAAUUUCAACAUGAGACGAAACUCAGCUGCAAUGGUUUUGGAUAAACCUGUGUCACAACUCCUUCUUGCUGUAAAAAGCGGUCCGUCGAGUGUCGGCAGCGCAGAAAACCUAGCUUUUGAUCUUGGAAAUCUAGAAGUGACUCUGAAUUAUAGCUCUGAAGAACGGCUUCUCAAAGUAAGCGUGGUUAAUAUCACAAGCCCAGAAGAACGUAGUUUGGUGGAUACCUACAUCAAAGUAACGUUUUAUCUGUUUGAAAAACCUUACAAAAAUGAAAUGCAAAUGUGGUCCGAUGCAACGAAAUCUUUGGUGAGACGAACAUUUUCGUAUUUGGUGAAAGAUAUCGGGGAUUUACAACGUGCUGUGUUGAGAUUCACUUUGAAACGUAAGAACAGUUUGAUCAGAAACAAAAUAUUAGGAAAAAGUGUCCUGAAAUUGUCUGGUGUACAGCUGGUAGAGCCUCAAGCAUACACGUUGAAGUUAUGUCACUCUGUCACUGAGCUCGUAGGGGAAAUACUGGUAUCAGUGUGUCAUCAGGCAACUACAGGAAUCCUACAAGUUGGCGUGGUACGAGGUAUGGAUCUGCCCAGAACAGUCAAAAGAACAACUGGAGCACCGUUUGUUAUCAUCGAGCUUAGCAACCAGGAGGAAAUUGUAUUUGUGAAAAACACGAAACAGAAAAGCAACAAGAUCAAUCCAUUGUUUGAAGAGAAAUUUGAUAUUCCCGUGACUACCGAUUCGGAAACCCCUUUGAGCGAAUUUCAUCUUCAGUUUACUGUGCUUCGCUACACCUUCACUGGGAAGAAUGAUGUGGUCGGAUUGGUUCGCUUGGAGUCUGGAUCCAGUUACGAAAACGAGGCUAAUCAUUGGAAAGAGGUGACGAUGAACCCUCACACAACCGUGAUGAAAUGGCAUAAACUUAGAUUUGCUUAAACAAGCAUUAAGGGUCGAUAAAACUCCGGUAGAAACUUGCACGCUUUACAUGCUAACUGAAAUGCGCAUUUAGGAACGUUGGUUCAAGGCUGCAUUUAAAUUUUUUAUCACUAAUUGGCUGUUUACAUUAUCAUGCGUAGCUGAUAUUUAACCAAGCGUGAGCUGCCUUUGGAGUAAGCCAACAAAAUAAUCCUGACAGUGUCAUCCCUACAAUAGCAUUUCCUUGUUUGGUUCUUAAAAACGUAUCUCAAUAUAUACCUCACGCUUUGUAGAAUCUUGGGCGACGGGUGAUAAUUGUAUAAACAGCUUCUAAAACUGUCCGGCCAACUAUGCAAUCGUGUGUCGCAUUUGCCGAAGGCAUAAUAAACAAUAGAUAAUGAUUUGAGAUGCCUCAUCUAUUGUGGUUAAUGCGUUCAGCAAAUGGGGUUGCACAACGUUUAAAAUACGCUUAGGAUUCUGUACGAUAUAAUUCAAUAUAUUAAACUAGGACUGUUCUUGACUUCAAAAGGUUUGAUACCUACCUCGGAGUAUUGUUUUUUUUUGUCCUAUCCGUUGCUCAUGCAGGGAAACAAAUGCGUUUGGCUUUGGUACGAAGCGUGUUAAAGCGGUGUUGGAUAAUAGCAUAUAGAGCGUACC